UCAAACUUUACCCCACAGACUGAAGACGACCAUGGCAAAGAAGCAGGUGAUCAUCGACACAGACUGCGGCAUAGACGACGCUCAGGCUAUAAUGAUGGCCUUGGCAGCACCAAACAUUGAGGUUGUGGGUGUUACGUGCGUGUUUGGGAACGCAGCUGUUGAGAAUGUUUGCCAGAAUGUCCUGAGGGUGCUCUCCAUCUGUGAGUGUGAGGGGAUUCCAGUGUUUCGAGGUUCUGGUGGUCCUCUUGUUGGAGCCAGUAACCAAGCUACUGACCACUUUGGAACUGAUGGACUUGGGGAUGUGAUUGAAGACAAAGACCCACAGUGGGAGGAGAAGAUCCAGAGAGAGCAUGCGGUCAAUGCAAUGAUUAGGCUGGUGACUGAAAAGCAGAACCAGGUCUCCCUGGUGGCCCUCGGCCCACUCACCAAUCUGGCCUUGGCUGUGAGACUGGAUCCAUCUUUCCCCAAAAAGCUCAAAGAUCUGUACAUUAUGGGUGGCAACAUGGAAGGAAAAGGAAAUGUCACGCUAUGUGCAGAGUUUAACUUUGCAGUGGACCCAGAAUCUGCCUAUAUUGUUCUUGAAGAAUUUCUCUGCCCUACAUACCUGGCGUCAUGGGAAUAUUCAUGCAGAAAUAAGCUGACGUGGGAGUUCUUUGAAGAGCUGAUCAAUCAGGACGCACCUGCUGCAGGUUUUAUGAAGAUGAUAACAUCUAAAUGCUGGGCCUUCUCCAGAGAGGCCACGAUGAACAAAAGAGACGUGCACUUUGGACCUGGCUUCGUCCCUUACGAUGCCUACGCGAUGGCAGCCUGUAUCGACAGCAGUGUGGUAACAGAGAGGAUCCAGUGUCCUGUCCGCGUGGAGCUGCAGGGGUCCAUCUGCCGCGGCAUGAUGGCGCUAGAUCGCACAAAUGAGCUGAAGAAGAGCCACAGUGUGUUUGUUUUCACUAAAUGUGAUGUUGCCAAAUUCGGUCAGUUACUCAUGGAGUCUGUCAGACAACCUUUAAAGAAGUAAUCUUAUCUGGGGAAGGAGGAAAAUGAGACUGUGCCAGCCUGAAUCUAAUCAUUUUUGGAAUACAUUGAAUUAAAUAACUGUUUCUUUGACCAAUUUAUUCUCACAUGCUUUGAUAUAUUUAAUCAAAUAUUGAUUGUUAUAUGUAUUGACCUGGAUUUUUGUCAUAACCAGCAGCAAAGACGUGAGUCAUGGCUGCAGACUUUACUGAUUAUGUCCUUUUUUAUGUUUGCAUUUACUGGGACACAAUUAAAUGAAAAACACACUAAAAGGACAAUGCACUACGUGUGUCACUAGAGGAACGCCAGGGAACUCAUUUCACUCACUUAUUUCUGAGAUCAUGGCAGAAAAAGUGAAGUGGGGUCAUUGUAGACGGUAUGUAAAGCCUCUAAAUCAAGCACGUCUUGACAGCGGUGAGUGUUUCUCUCAUUCAGCCGACACAAGAAAUCGAUGAGAAGCGCCACGCAGCAUGCACAGCGGGUUUGGUCAGUUCGGCAGAGCGGCUGGCCGUCAUCCUCUGCUUUCUUUUUAGGAAAAGGGAUCUGCUACCAUCCCUAUAUUGCCCCUCGUCAAUAUCUGAGGACGUGUCCAACCAACGCUCCCAACGGACACAGGACAUGACAUUUAAAAACGUAACUUCAUGAUUUUUGUAAAAUUAAUAAACGUUAUCCUAUAGAAUUUGCUAAAAUCUUUAUCAGUUAUACUCAAAUUGAAUUGGUUCAGCAUACUAAAUUCCCAGGAGUUAUUAUAGAUAGCGGUCUUAAAUGGUCUAAUCAUAUCGACCUUGUCUCUAUGAGAUCUGCAAAAAUGCUUGGUAUAUUGAGGAAGGUUUGUCCCUUAACUCACUCCUCAGCUUAUUUAACCUUAUAUUAUAGCUUUUUGUUCCCAUUCAUUAAUUACUGUAACUUUGUCUGGGCAGCAACCUAUCCUACAUACCUGAAUAAAUUAAGUGUCAUAUAGAAGAAAUAUCUCAGAUAUAUAUCCCAUUCACAUAGAUAUGCACCCUCGGCACCCCUUUUUAAGAAAUAUAAAGUACUCCCCAUUGAUAAGGUAAAUGUUUAUCAAACAUGCUUACUCAUGCAUAAGUUUCUUUACAGGAAACAAGAUCUUCCAGAUACCUUUCAGAAUUUGUUCAACCCCACCUCACAUGUACACACAUAUCAAACUUGACACAGCAACAAGUCUACUCUUACCCCAUACACGCACUUCAAGACACCAAUUUAACAAUUCUUUUAGAGGUCCUGAGCUCUGGAGUGAAUUAGGCUCACCACUAAGAUUGAUGACCUCUCAUUCUGCUUUCAAGAAGCAUUUGAAGAAAUUCCUGUUAUUCGCCUGAUCCCUGUACUCAUCCUUCGCUAACAGAUUUUAUCAACCCUCCCGAUUGUGGGUAGCUUGCUCUUGCUGCGUCUGUCCUGGAUUUAACAUGUAUUGUUGUUGUUGUUGUUUCUUUUAUAUUGUUUUUUGCUGGUUUUUUGCUGAGUGUUUAGCCUGCAUGUCAUGGGAUUGAUAUGGGCAGGUGUGGAACUCUGUACAAGCCUGCUGAGGCUUCGUUCCCACCUUGCACAGUUUUUGUACUUGUAAUAAACUUGUGCUAAACAAAUAAACUAAA